UUGCGUUCUGUAGAAAAUGAUUGGAGAUUUGUAAGGCUUGUGUAGUUACGGGUUUUCAAUGACGACCGUUGAAUUAAAGGAGAAGAUUGAUCUGGCUGAGAAAGAGCGGAAAAUAUUCAACCGGCUUCUUGGUACUCUUUGUCAUUGUAACCUCGACACACAGCUUCGUGUCGCGGGUGGUUGGGUGCCUGGCAAGCUUCUAGGGAAAGAGAGUAAUGAUAUUGAUAUAGCCAUUGAUAUUGAUAAUAUGUCGGGAAGUGAGUUUCUUGAUAAGGUUAAGAAGUAUUUAUCUUCUAGAGAUGAACAAGUACACGGACACAAUAUUAUUGAAAAGAAGCCUAACCAAUCCAAACACUUGGAAACAGCAAGAAUACGACUUUAUGACCAAUGAAUAGAUUUUGUUAAUUUGAAAAGUGAAGAGUAUACAGAAAAUAGUCGUAUUCCUACUAUGAAAUUUGGUACGGCUAAAGAGAAUGCUUAUAGGAGAGACCUAACCAUAAAUAGUUUGUUCUAUAAAAUCAAUACUGGUUUGGUUGAAGAUCUUACAGAUAGAGGUAUUAAGGAUCUCAAGUCCGGUAAAAUUGUUAGACCGUUGCCUGCGAGAGUUACAUUUCUUGAUGAUCCUUUGCGAGUUAUUCGAGCUAUUCGGUUUGGUGCAAGGUUUGGUUUUACUCUAGAUGAAGAACUUAAUGAAGCUGCUUCAAGUGAGGAAGUAAAGGUAGCUCUUGGAGGAAAGAUUAGUAGAGAGCAAAUCGGGAAUGAAAUUGAGUCGAUGAUAUCCGGGAGUGAACCAGUUUCAGCGAUUACUUGUCUUUAUGAUUUGAAACUUUUCGGUGUUGUCUUUGCAUUUGAGCCCACACCAUCUGAGAAUUGUGGACGCCUAAGUAAAGUCUACAUGCUAAUUAUGGGCUCUAUACCAUAUUAGAAUAUGAGCUUCCAACUCAAAACCAAUUGGCUAAUAUGUAAGAUAUAUGAGUCAAUCCACUUAUUGCUAAUUGGUUUUGAGUUGAAAGCCCAUGAAACUUGACAUGGUAUCAGAACCCAAUAUAUACGUGUCCAAAUCCACAAUCGGUCAGACCCAAUAAUUGGUUCGUCGAUCCUUGACCGAGUAUACCGUGAUAAAUGGUUGAAGAAUCAUCUCCUCGAGGGGGCAUAUUAAGGAUAAUAAUAUCCCACAUUGAAAAGGACAAGGGAUCUUGAAUAAUAUAUAAGAUAUUAUGUCACUCUACUCAUUGCUAAUUGAUUUUGAGUUGGAAGCUCAUACUCUAAUAAUAUAUACGGCAUAUUCUUCUUUAUCUCGCUACGAUAGCGACUGUGCAAAACAACGGUGGUCGUAAGAACUAAUCAAAGCAAAACAACAAUAAAGGACAUUAAUGAAGGUGAACCUGGAAAAAAUGGAGAUGUUGCUGGAAAAAUGGAGGUGUGAUACAACAGCAGACGAGUCGUCAAAAAAACCAGCGAUCAGAAAAUCAAUACACGUCAUCUCAGCUCCAACCAAUCAGCGAUUGAUUUUGCUUAAAAAUGUGC